AUGUCUUGUGCCGAGUUCAAUUUCGUUCUUCAGAACCCAGCAGCAGUGAAAAAUGAUGGCGAAUCAACUCCUAGCAUCAUCCAUGCGGCUUGGGCACUGCUAGUUGGCUCCUACACAGACGAGUCUACUAUUCGAUUCUCUAUCAUGAAGCAACAAGGGUCAAAAAUACUAUCCAAGAAAGAUCUGGUGCAGAGAACUCAUCUGGUCGAGUAUCAGCUUGACUGGGACCAGAUCGUCUCGAACAUUGUCGAAUACUUGGACGGGAAUGUGUCGAAAUUUCCUCCACCACCCAUGGACAAUGUGAGAGUACAACCUGAUGUUCUCCUUGAUAACCAGAGAAGAGCCCCAUUUCAAUUCGCCUUGCUUCAUCAAUUGGACUCCACACUUGAGUCUAAAAUCGACAAAUUUGUCUGGGGACAGACACUGCAGAAUGACAGUCACGCAGUCAAAGUGCGAUGGAAGACGCAGGCCAAGGGCCUGACAGUUCGAAUUGAUGUCAGCAAAGGUCUCUCUGAUGUCUUGUCAGCCACUAGACUCGCGGCCCAAUUGGAGUACAUUCUGCAGCAGAUUUUGGACUGGCCAUUAGCAGGAAUGCGACUUGCAAACAUCCAAGCUGCGAGUAAAGGCGAUCUUGAUCAGAUUUGGAUGUGGAAUUCCAAUGUCCUUGAAAAGCAUGAUGUCUGUAUCCAUGAAUUGAUUCAGGAAAGAGCGAGCAUGAGUCCAAAUGCCCCUGCUAUAUGUGCCUGGGAUGGAGACUUGUCUUAUCAGGAGCUUGACAGGUUGUCCUCAAUAAUAGCAUUCAAGAUCAUCGAAUUUGGUGUCACUAAGGGUGACGCAAUUCCGAUUUGUAUUGAAAAAUCACGUUUGAUGCCUGUAGCAGCUUUGGCAGUCAUGAAGGCAGGAGCUGUUUGUGUGGCAUUGGAUGUGGAGCAGCCUCAAAGCCGACUUAAGGCUAUCACAAGCAAAAUCACACCCCGUAUUAUUGUGGCCUCUCCUGAAAAUGCCUGGUUGGCUAAAAAGCUUUCGAAAGGAGAAGCUGUGGUGGAAGUGACCGUUGAUCUGGAGAAGGAGCUGUACACCGAUGAAUGCCGACUGCCCUGUGUGCAGCCUUCAGAUAUUGCUUAUUUGAGCUUCACUUCAGGAAGCACUGGGAUACCGAAGGGAGCGAUGAUCAGUCAUAGCAAUGUGUCCAGUGGGAUCAAGCUUCAGGCAGCGGAAUUGAAUUUUACUGAGUCGUCACGAGUAUUGGAUCUCGCCCCCUAUUGCUUUGAUUUGGCUUGGACCAACAUGCUCAGUACGUUGUGUAUGGGAGGCUGUCUCUGUGUCCCAAAAAUGCAAGACUGCCAGACUGAUCUGUCAGGCACGAUCGAGAAAUUCGAGGCAAACAUGAUUAACAUCACAAGUUCCGCCUUACGUCUUGUACGACCUGAUACUACCGGGCUACAAACAAUUCUUUUAUCUGGUGAACCAGCGGACGAAGAUGUUGUGGCCACAUGGGCUUCCCGUGUCAAAUUGCUCAAUACAUAUGGCUCCGCUGAGUGCCCUUCGAAGGGGGUAUUCGCUCCAAUUUCGAUACAUCAAAAAGGAAAGACUUUAAUUGGCAAGGGUCGAGCCACAAACACAUGGAUUGUCAAUUAUCACACAGGGCGCACGCUGUGUGGCAUCGGUAUGAUUGGAGAGCUCUGGAUUGAGGGGCCGAUCGUUGGUCAGGGCUACUGGAUGGAUCCAGCGCAGACUGCCAAGGUGUUUGUGGAGGACCCUGCAUGGGCUCUAAAAGGAAGUUUUUUGAAUCAGGGUCGUCAAUCUCGGUUCUACAAGACAGGAGAUCUGGUUCAUUAUAGUGCUGAUGGGUCGCUUCUUUUUGUCGGACGGAAAGACCAAAUGGUCAAGAUCCGAGGACAACGAAUUGAACUGGGAGAAGUAGAACAUUGUAUUCGUCAAUAUCUGCAAGACACUGAGCUCAACUUCAUAAAAGAAGCUUUGUGUGAGUUGAUUCUCCCAGUGUCGGAGAGAAAAGCACAGCGCCACUUGUUAGUGUCAUAUUUCGUCACUGAUGAAGCUCCCAUUGAUGCUCUUCGCCCUAUGACAAGAGACCUACAAGCGUAUUUGACCAGAAAGUUGCCAUCAUACAUGGUUCCCUCCCUUUACAUACCAAUGCCACGACUCCCUCGAACAGCAACAGGAAAAUUGGAUCGCCGCAAGGUACGCGCAGAUGAUAGCGCAUUGACCCUGCUUGAAUUAAGCGCGCGUGAUCCGAGGCAUGAGAACUCAAACCGGGAUCCAGAAACAUUGAUGGAACAGCGCCUAAAAGAGUUAUGGUCCACAGUACUUGGUAUUGACCAAUCUUCUAUCAGUGCUUUGGACAGUUUCUUCCUGUUGGGAGGAGAUUCAAUCGCAGCAAUUCAGCUGGUUGGGAUCGCUCGUGAAGAGGGGUUCUCACUAACCGUCGAGGACAUCUUCCGCUACCCUGAGCUUGAAAGAUUGGCUAGGCUUGUUCGACAUGCAGAGGCUAUAUCGGAAGAGAGUAUUCCAAGAUACUCCCUAUUACCAAAGAAUAUCAUGCUAGAAAAGAUGAUUCAAACAUGUGCAAGCGCCUGUGGUGUUGGUAUUGAGAUGAUUGAGGAUAUUCUUCCAUGUACCCCAACCCAGGAAGCGUUCAUGGCCGUCACAGCACGAAAAGAUGAUCUGAAUUCCUUAAUUUCCUAUUCCUUUGUCCUUCCCGCUUCUCUGGAUCAAAAUCGGUUUGCCCAGGCAUUGCAAGAGGUUGUUGAUAGCAAUCCAGUUCUGCGGACACGCAUAGUCGAUGCUCAAGGCUGGGGACUUUUUCAGGUCGUGAUCAAAGACCAAUCGAAGUUUUUAUCCACAGGCUGUAUCAAAGGUUUUCUCAAGGGGCAGACAUCCCGAGGGAAAGGAGGCUUUGGGGAACCAUUGAAUGAAUUUGACAUUGUUGUGGAGAAGAAUAAGACUUUCUUCGUUUGGGCUGCCCACCACGCUGUAUAUGAUGCCUGGUCACAAUCACUGAUCCUUGAUCAAAUAGAGAGAUUAUAUCUUGGACACAGUGAGAGAAAGCUCUGUUCAAUGAAAACUCCACUGUAUUUUCAAAGAGGGUUGGAUGAACAGUCAGUCAAGAGGUUUUGGGAAGCUCAGUUAAAAAGAUGCACUCGGCCUCCUUUUCCUCUCAAUACUGCCUCCCUUAAUUAUAGUCCGACCUCGAACAAAUCUCACCUUCAUCUGAUUUCACGUAUCCCCUGGUCUGAUUCUGGGUUUACGGUGGCGACAAUGAUCCGGGCAGCAUGGGCAAUGACGCUAUCUCGCUUUGUCGGCUCAGAUGACGUUGUAUUUGCAGUGACGGUGACUGGUCGCCAAGCUUCAAUCCCAGGUAUCGAGAAAGUGGCUGCCCCCACAGUGUGCACUGUGCCUGUCCGAGUGAAAAUUGAUUCUCUUGAUUCUAUUCAAGUUCUUCUGACAAACUUGCAGCAGCAAGCAGUGGACAUGGUUCCAUAUGAGCACACGGGCUUACACAAAAUCCACCGCAUGAUUGAUGACGUGGAUUUAUCUCAGGCAAUGGAGACUCUUUUGGUGAUUCAAGCUCAAGAUGCCUUCACAGGUGAUCUCUUCAAGCCAUUAGCAUACAGUGGCUCCACAGGUGGCAGUGACCUAGCCGUCUUCAACACGUUUGUCAUUAUGCUGGAAGCAAAACUUAGAGGGAAGGACGAGUUAUCCCUUCAUUUUCGAUUCGAUGACAGCAUCAUUGGCUUGCCGCAAGUGGCUCUCCUCGCCUCGCAGUUUGAGGCCAUCCUCCGUCAAUUCAGCAGCGCCAACCCGACUGAUGUGGUAUCUCAGCUGAAUUUUACGAGUGAGACUGACCAAAGUCUAAUCUGGAAGUGGAACUCCCUAGUUCCCAAUCCGAUAGAUCAGACUGUUCACAGUUUCAUUCACCAGGCCACCCAUCGUUUACCCCCUUCUACCGAAGCAAUUUGUGCUUGGGAUGGGAUAUUCACUUAUGGUGAGCUUCAACACUUUUCUGAUAACCUGGCUCUGGCUCUCGCGUCUCGGCGGAUUGGACUUGGGGAUCAUAUCAUGAUCUGCUUAGAGAAGUCAAAGUGGAUGCCUGUUGCCAUGCUGAGCGUCAUGAAGGCUGGAGGGGUCGCUGUUGCGCUUGAUGUGACCCAACCGAUGGAGCGUCUUUCUACUAUUGCUCGCCAGGUGAAGCCUCUCUUGAUCCUUACUUCAUACGAGUCUGCGAGUCUUGCAGCAAAUCUUCUGGAGCAACCACCAUUGAUAAUCUCAGAGAACAUAAUGAGUAGAGAUUGGCCUGAUGAAGUUUAUCUGCCAGUUGUCCAGCCAUCCAACAAGUUAUUUAUUGUCUUCACGUCUGGGACGACAGGUAUACCCAAAGGAGUCGUGAUAACUCAUUCAAACUUCUGCAGCGCAAUCAAAUAUCAUGCGAAGAUGUCCCGUCUGAAUGAAUGUUCUCGUGUCUUUGACUUUGCUUCACAUGCUUUUGACGGUGCAUGGGUCAAUGUCCUCCAAACCCUACAUGCUGGGGGCUGUGUUUGUAUUCCUUCAGAACAUGAGAGGCGUAAUGACCUGGGAGCUGCCAUCCGACGAACAGAGGCUAACUUCACAUAUUUGCCUCCAUCUCUGCUAAGAUUCCUGGACCCAUCCAGUGUCCCAUCCCUGAAAACUAUUUUCAUGGUCGGAGAAGCUGUCCCUGAAGAUCUGCGCGCAAAAUGGACAAAAUUCUGCCAUGUUGGCGUUGCCUAUGGCCCGGCUGAAUGUACUGUGACUAGCACCAUGACAGAUUUGCUGAAUCCGCCAGAUAUUCAUCAUAGCAUCGGUGUUGGUGUAGGUGUCAACACUUGGAUUGUUGAUACUCUGCGUCCGAUGACGUCACUUGCACCGAUUGGCAGUGUGGGGGAGCUGUGGUUAGAAGGCCCCCUUGUUGGCCCUGGAUAUCUGAAUAAUCCAGCGGAAAAUGCAAAGGCUCUUGUACAAGAUCCACAGUGGCUUCUCCAAGGACAUGGCAGUCACCCUGGUCGAUCUGGAAGGCUGUAUAGGACAAGGGAUCUGGUUAGGUAUCACUGGGAUGGAUCCAUUCGCUUUGUUGGCAGACAAGAUACUCAGAUCAAAUUACGCGGUCAGCGUAUUGAGCUGGAAGAGGUUGAGCAUCAUCUGAGAAAGCAUCUGGAGCCCUCGUAUCGUGAUGUCAGACUAGCUGCCGAGGUUAUUGUUCCCGCUGGCACAAUCACGCAGACCCUUGUUGCAUUCGUUGAAACACCCGGGCAAAUGGCCGGACUGGCCAAGUCUUUUGAUGCUUCGCAGAACCUACUUGUCUCCUUGAAUCAAGUAGGAGAGGAAUUGCAAGAUGUCAUCCCUGGAUACAUGAUACCGGCAGCUUAUAUUCCAGUUGACACACUCCCUUUGAGUCCGACUGGCAAGUUGGAUCGGUUGAAAUUGAAGCACUUGGGCUCUCAAUUCAGCUGGAAGGACUUGCAGAUGCUCACAGAGUCAAACAUCCAUCACAAAAAACCUCAAAUCCAGCCACCUAGUAGCCCAGUGAUGGAAGAAUUACAAAGAAUCUGGAGUGAGGUUCUCAACAUUCCUAAGCAAGACGUAUCCAUGGCAGUUUCUUUUACCCGUCAUGGAGGGGAUUCAAUUACCGCCAUGCAAGUCGUCUCACGCUGUAGGGAGCAUUCAAUUCAAAUAACUGUCAGCAGACUUCUCAGUGGCAAAACUAUCGAGCAGCUGGCAGCCAGCCGGGGGUCGACAGGUCAAGGCUCUCCCACUAUUGAGCAGCAAACACAAGGUUCACACGCAUGGGCUUUAUCUCCAGUUCAGCAGAUGUUCUUUGAAAUGUAUCCAGAGGGUCUCAACCACUACAAUCAGGCAUUUAUUUUGCGCCUCAGAAAAAAAAACAAGAGCUCAUGA